AGUAUAUCUUUUUUUACUUGCUUUAAUUUUAGGCGUGCCGUUGGUGUGGGUUUUCACUUUUUGCAGCGGGGGGACUCUCUGGAUCCUCCCAGCACUUUCCAGACACUUGCACUGUGCAGACUCCCGUCUGGGAAUUCCAGCCCAGUAUAAAAACCCACAGCCAGAAGACAUGAGAUCAGUCCACUUGGAGAGUUAACAAACUCGGAGUCCGCUUUGGAGUUUCUUUGCUGGGAUCAACAGAGAAUCCGACUUUUUCCGGGUUGUUUAUAAGGAAGAGGUACUUUUGUUUUUCCUACUUUUGAACUUUGCUGGACAUGGCAGAGGGAGACUUUUACACGAUGGGGAACCGGCAGAGAUUUCCCAGAGACCCAUUUGGAGAGUCUCCGUUCAGGGACCAGUCUCCGUUCAGGGAUCAGCUGGCGUCUCGGUUCAUGGAGGAUGAGUUUGGGAUGCCUCCGUUCCCCGACGAGCUGUCCAUGGACUGGCCCGGGUGGGCACGGCCGGGCCGGCUAAGCACGCGCCUCAGCUCCUCGCCGUUCGGCGGCGGAUUACGCACGGGCUUCCCGGCGCGCCAGUCCACGGGAGGCCCCGCGCUCUACUCCAGCCGGUACGGCGAGCCCUCCCCCCGGAGCUCCCCCACCACCACCGGGGGCGAGCCCUGGAAAGUGUGCGUGAACGUCCACAGCUUUAAACCAGAGGAGUUACACGUCAAGACGAGGGAAGGAUUUGUAGAAGUGUCAGGGAAACAUGAAGAGAAACAAGAAGAAGGAGGCAUCGUGACAAAGAAUUUCACAAAGAAGAUACAGAUCCCCGCAGACGUGGACCCGCUGACAGUCUUCGCGUCGUUGUCCCCCGAAGGCGUCCUCAUCAUCGAGGCUCGCCAGACGCCCCCGUAUCACCUCUUCAGCAGCGAGGGAUCCCCGGGUGGAGAACUGCAGGAGAUGGAGGCUUCUAAACCCCAGGAGGCCGCUGCCGUCUGAGCCCACCACCCCACCGAUCCCCAACCCCCCCUCCGUGGCCUUCAGUUUCAUGCAGUGAAACCUGCAAGUGUUUUUGGUCUAAAUAUUUCUGUUGAGAAGCCUGAAAAGCUUUUUUUUUUUUUUAAUUUGCCAAAAUAAGUUUAGUCCCACAACUGUAUAACUGUCCACAUUAUUAAGUAUGAUUCAGAAUUGUCUGGUUGUCUGGGAAUGUUAAUGUUUAUAAUUUUGUAGCAGGUAAAUGCUUUUCUCUCAUGAAUAGAUGCUCAAAAUCCAAAAGACUCUAAAACAUGAGUGGUGAUAGUAAUAAGAGGAAAAAUGUAGUCAGUGUAGCAUUUGUGUAAGAAAAGUUACGUUUCUCUUUUGACAUAUUUUAAUUACUGAUCUCAAGUGAUUAACAGCUAUUAUCAUGACAAAUGUAGGAGGCAUUUGUCGUAAAUGUUCUUGUUUUGGAUGCGGAAACAGCACAUCAACUCUGGGAAAAUGCUUCAUUACACACUUUAAAGGCCAUAUUAUCGAUUUGCCUUCUGCAGGGUAAUUUCCUAAUAUAUUAAUUGAUAAAAUGCCACUAAAACCUUGGCUUGGUUUUGUCACACCUUUCUGUGUGUUCAUUUUUUAAAUAUAGAGUGACUUCCAUAGAGUUACAUGCAUUUACAAAGUAAAAAUCCACCAGUGAAGUAUUAAUAAUUAGUGUAUGUGGUCCAUAAAUGCACUGAUAACAGGACGGAAGUAAUCUCAGCCCCUCAGAAAACUCUCACAAAACCACUUAAGUCGUCUCAUGUAAACCUGAAAUUAAGUCUGAUCUCCAUGCUGCUUUAAGGUUGCCUCAGUCACAUCAUAAAAUAAAGAAGCCAAGCUGCUGAAUCUACACCCACCGUGUUGAAUCGACUUUCCUCUUCAAGGCAGCCUGCUUCCUCUUUCAAGAGAACUUCCUUGCGCUUCUCUGAAUAGCUGUUAAGCAACCAUGCUCAUUAUCUCUGACCUUAAAUCUCUUUGUAUCUCAUGAGUUAUAAAUUCUAACCUACUUCUGUGCUGUUUACAUAUGCAGACUAGGGGAAGUGACUGACAACAUAUGUGCAGCUUGAUGCAUUAUAAAUCAUAAACAUGUCAAUAAUCAGUGCCUUAAUAGACACAAAUUAAUAAAAUUUCUAUUAGCAUAUUGCUCGUUCGAAGAAGUCUUUACAGCAUGUUAGAGGUGAUUUAUUAUUUAUUUGAGUGCCUUGACCUCCUGAAAUACAUCCUUACCUUUUCAGAUACUUAAUCAAAAACAGGGAAAAAAAUAUAUAAAGAUGUAUUUUGAGCAAACUAAAGGCUUCAGUAGAGGAGGUAUGUGCAUUAAUAAUGUGUUCUGCCAAAGAGUAUUGUAAAUAUAAAGUAAUAUGUGCCAAUUAAUCGUCAGUAUUCAUCUGAAGUGUUCCACAUUUUAUGGUAUGGGUUUGCAUUUUUUUUCUCUCUUUUCUAUUGGAGCUUUAAGGAAGAUCGCUAUGUGAACGCCGUUUUGUUUCCUGCCUUCUCUUUUUUUCUCUUGAUGUCUUUGUAUCGUCGACUGAUGCAAUAAAAAAAAAAAAAAAAAA